AUUUUCCUCAGUGUCACAGCGCCGCUGGAGUUCAGACCUGAGCUUCUCAAGAUCAGCGGAAAGCUGUGGCAAAGUUCUGGGUUCGGUGCGUUCUCUGGGCUCUGCGAGAGGGGAAUGGCCAAGUCUGGUUGCCUCUGGGUGGCUCUUUCCUACCUGUGUUACCUACUGCUGGGGGCCGUGGUCGUGUCCCUGAUAGAGCGACCCUCCGAACGUAGCCUUCGGGAGAAGCUGCGCUCCUUGAAGUUUGGGUUUCUGAACCGGAACCCCUGCUUAGCCGAACCCGACCUCGAACGCUUCCUGGUGCGGAUACUGGAGGCCCAUCGAUACGGUGUCUCCGUCCUGAGCAACGCAUCGCAUACCAACUGGGACUUCGCCUCUGCUUUCUUCUUUGCUGGCACCUUGGUCACCACAGUAGGUUAUGGCCACACAACCCCAAUCUCUGACAGGGGCAGGGCUUUCUCCAUCUUCUUCGCUGCCCUGGGAGUCCUCUUCACCAUGCUGCUUCUCGCUGUCAUCGUGCAGAGGCUGAUGAUCUACCUGACAGAUCAGCCAAUCCGGGCACUGCAGAAGAGGUUUGGCUACUCGAAGCAGCGAUUGACCCAGGUGCACUGCUUUGUGAUGUUCUUGUUCGCCUUCAUCAGCUUCUUCCUCAUUCCCGCUGCCAUUUUCAGUGCCAUCGAGAAGGACUGGACCUACCUCAAUGCCUUCUAUUUCUGCUUCACCUCCCUCAGCACUAUUGGUCUGGGGGACUACGUUCCUGGAGAGCAAAAUAACCAGACCCUGCGGCCACUUUACAAGAUGUCAGUCACCUUUUACCUCCUGUGCGGCCUCACCAUGAUGGUUCUCCUCAUCCAGACAUCCCAGAAGGCAGUGGGCUUGCACGUCCUGAUGCAGAUUUUCAACCUCCCUCUGGCUGAUGACGACGAAGAGGAGGAUGAGGAGCUUGUCCCAGAUUCAACAGGCCCCCAACCCUCCCUCCAGCUCAAUGGGCUGAAAGCUGGUCCCCAACCCCUCAACCACUCCAAACCACCUUCCUACAAUUCCAUUUUGCCCCCCAGCGAUCGGUGAGAGAACCAGAGGCUGGGGCCUCUCUCUGCCAGGCCUGGUAGGACCUGUAAAUGUGGUUGACAUGGUGACUGGGUAGGGACAGUUAAAGGGUCAGAGGUGGAGAUUCGCGGCCUCUGCUCUUGAGGCCGAGUUGAUCUGAGAGUUUGGCCAACAAUGGGAAUUGGGGGAGCCCCAGGGUUUUCUGUGUCACCACCUCUGCGUCCCCCAUCCCCUUCCCCACUCUCCAUGCUCGCUGGCAAAGCCUUCUGUCUAGGCCCCUUGGGUGGUGGCAGCUAGCUCCCACUCCACCUUUCUGCCUAGAUGGUACAUCAGUUCAGACACCACCACCACCCCGCCCCCGCAACCACCCCGACCCCGUUACCACCCUCCUCCCUGACAAACCAUAUCAGCCAAACCUAGCUCUGCCAACUCCAGUUUGUGCUGUGCCCCGAAUCUUCUGGUAACAUGGAGUUUGUUGCAAUGUUGGCACAAAAUGGUGCCGACUUUCCAAAUCCUACACUUGAGCAUUUAUUGCAGUUGUAUUUAAAAGCGGGAAGGGAACUGGCCGAGAAAACCUAUACUGUCUUGAGCAAAUGUGCCAUCAGGCAUGGCCUCAUGAGGCAGAGAGUGAGAACUGCAAUGAUGCCCCAAUAAUCCAUAGAUGACUCAGGAAGAGGCCAUUCACUCAACAAACUGCAUGUUGCUGUUCUACUUUGUACAGGGGCCAUUGCUAAGACUGUCGCUUAUCCAACGUCGACAUAGUGUCUCCAUUCACACUUGGUAUGCUGAGAUCUACAACACUGUUUCGCAUGCCCGCAUCUCUCACCUCCACUCUCAGCAGUUCCUUCACCAUGUGGCCUCCUGCUCAUCGCCUCAUUCUCACUGUCUUAAUCCCCCAUGUAAUCUUCAAACCCCUGUGACCUUACCCCAUUCCAAUCGGAGCAACCCCCUUCCUCCAGCACUGCAUUAUUCUCGUUCCCUGUCUUACUUGGGCCUUGAUUUCCUUUGGAUCUUCAGCACAAGGGGAGGUGAGGUCUAUUCAUCCAGGUAAUGUUUCGAAUCCUGAUGAUAGAAUUUGAAUUCAAUAAAAAUCUGAAAUUAAGAAUCUAAUGAAGACCGUGAAUCCAUUGUUGAUUGUUGGGAAAACCCAUCUGGUUCACUAAUGUCCUUUAGGAAUGGAAACUGCCAUCCUUGCCUGGUCUGGCCUAACAGUGGCACUUAACUGCCCCCUGGGCAAUUAGGGCUGGGUGUUAAAUACUAGCCAAGCCAAUGACAUCCAUGUCCCAUGAAUGAAUAAAAUUCCUGUGAAUUGGUGGAUAAUACAUCCAUGUUCAUAUCAACUGAACUUGGGUUUAAGCCCCACGACAAAAUGGCAGAGAAACUCUCCCAGAAGCCUUAUUCAAUAUUUAUCCUUUCACCAACACCAAGACCAAGACAGAUUAUCUGGCCAUUAACGCUUCACAGUUCUCCCUACUGUCCAUUCUCCACCAUCUGUGUAGUGAACUUUGCUCAAAAGAGUGCUGUGAUGGUAGAAUCCCUGCAGUACAGAAAGAGGCCAUUUGGUCCAUCAAGUCUGUACUGACCCACCAAAGAGCACCCCACCCUGACCCGAGCUGCCAUCAUCCCUUCUCACGCCAUCCCCAUAACCUCAAAUUUAGAGUGACCAAUCAACUGAGCCUGCACAUCCCUGGACACAAUGGGGCAAUUUAGCACGGCCCAUCCUCCCUAACCUGCACAGCUUUGUUGCCAAGGUUUUUUGGCUUAAAGACAUAAGAAUAACAUUUCAAAGGGAUUACAAAAAUUUAUAUGACCCUAGUGGAAAGGUGAUAAUUGGCUGACAAGUGGAGUCUGAUUGGCUAAUACAUUGCCAAUGGAGAAUUAUCGACUUCCUGAAUUUGGAUAAUUUGAACAAGGCACACAGGGCUUGAACAUUUUAUUUACACAAAACGGGAAUGGGGGCAGGGAGAAAAAGGCUGCUGAUUAUUUCACAAGUUGACUCUGAAUUAUUGUUGUCCUCCUGGAAUGUCAAUGGCUGUGAUUGUUUGAAAUCUGACAUUCUUGCAUGGGUCCUGCUGAGAGCAAUGCUGUCUUUUCAGUGAGAUUCAAGUUGUGUACAACCAAGUGGCUCAUUUUAUAUCAGGAUUUCCUGCUCAAGCCCCUUCACUUGUCUGUCUCCCUCUAAAGGUUCACCACCAAACCCAUAAUUCUCAAACAAGUUGUCAGUUACCCCCUCCAGGUCUCUCACUCCCCCAUACUUUGUUAAUUUGCCCUUUCUUAGUUCUAUAUUCACCAUUGCCCCAGACCGACUGAUGAUGUGAAAGAUGGAGUCGUUUAGCCCACUGUCACCUGAUAGUCAGCCAUUUGGACCCUAGGUUCUUGCCAAAGAGGAGUGGGGGUAGGGUUUGAAACUACAUCCUCUGAACCGUACCCCUGCAAUAUUCACCAUCUUCUGUCGAAAGAGAAACUAAGAGGGGGACAAUGGAGUUACAUUCAUAAAGAUGUACAGCACAGAAUCAGACCCUUCAGCCAACUUCUCUAUCGUGACCAGAUAUCCUAAAUUAAUCUAGUCCCACUUGCCAGUAUAUGGCCCAUAUCCUUUUAAGCCCUUCAUGUACCCAUCCAGAUGCCUUUUACAUGUUGUAACUGUACCAGCUUCCUCCACUUCCUCUGGCAGCUCGUUUCACACACGCACCGCCCUCUGCAUUAAAAGUUGCCCCUUAGAUCCCUUCUAAAUCUUUCCCCUCUCACCUUAAACCUAUGCCCCUAGUUUUAGAUUCCCCUAUCCUGGGGAGAAAGGACCUUGGCCAUUCACUCUAUUCAUGCCCCCCAUGAUUUUAUAAACCUCUACAAGGUCAUCCCUGAGCCUCCGACACUCCAAGGAAAACAGCCCCAUCUUAUUCAGCCUCUCCCUGUUGCUCAAACCUUCCAACCCUGGCAACAUCCUUGUAAAUCUUUUCUGAGCCCUUUCAAGUUCCAAACAUCCUUGCAACAGCAGGGAGACCAAACCGAACCCAAAGGAAGGGGAUGCUGUGAAUGUAAAAUCAGGGUUCCUGAUUGUAGUUGGAUGGCCAACCAAUCUCUCCAUUUCCAACUAACUUAAAUGAAACAGAUAUUUAUUUUCAGGUGCGGAUGCUGUUAAAUUGUCCGAUGACCCACCCAUUGGCCAGCAGACCAAGGAGAUUAUAUCUUAAUCGUCAAGGAUUUCAGGACAUUUUUCAGAGAUCCUGCACCAACUGGCUAUAUUUAUGACUGACGUGUUAAUGUGUUGCUCCUGAUGUCAAGGUGACCUCAUGCUUUGGGCUAUUUCCAGCUUGUGACUAGUUUUGCCAGUGAUCAUUUGAAUAAUGACUCAUCGAAUGUGCAUGUGUUUGUAUGAGCAGGUGUCAUUAUCUCGAAUCCUCUUAGCUCUCACUAACACCCAGCCCUUGCAGAGUUUCACAAGCUUCAAACUCUCCCCUCCCCCUACCGCCUCCCAAAACCAGCCCAGCUCAUCCCUGCCUCCCUAACCUGUCCUUCCUCCCACCUGAAGCCCCACCCCUAUCUCCUACCUACUAACCUCAUCCUGCCCCCUUGACCUGUCUGUCGUCCCUGGACUGACCUAUCUCCUCCCUAACUCCCCACCUACACUCACCUCUACUGGCUCCAUCUCUGCCUCUUUGACCUGUCUGUCUCCUCUCCACCUAUCUUCUCUUCUAUCUAUCUUCUAUCCAGCUCCCCCUCUCUCCCCAUUUUUUUCAGAACCCUCUCCCCCUCCCCCAUAUCUGAAGGAGGGUCUAGGCCCGAAACGUCAGCCUUCCUGCUCCUCUGAUGCUGCUUGGCCUGCUGCAUUCAUCCAGCUCUACACCUGGUUAUCUCUUAUUGCAGAGAUUAGAUUGUUUGACUGGCCUUAGACUGUGUUCUCAGGGCUCUUGUGAUGCAGUGGUUGCUCUGAGAGUGGGUUUGGCUCCCACCUGCUCCAGAUGGUGUGCAUGACAAUCCCUAAAUAGAUUGAUUUAAAUCAAAGGCUGGACUGCAUUUUCAAAAUGCUCACUGGCCUGGGUAACAGUUAGUCAGAUUCAAGCAAAAGUAAAGUUGCCAGACUCCAAUAGGGCUGCCCUGUCAUUAGAGAGAGAUAACUGGUAGCGAGUUUACCCUGACUGUCACUGCAGUUAAAAAGGUGGGGCCUUCAUGGUAACCUCAGAUAGUGUGGGAAAUGAACCCCGUACUGCUUGUGUCACUUGGCGCUGCAAACCUGCCAACUGAGCUAACUGUGGAACAAAAACAAGUUGCUGUAAAAGCUCAGCAGAUCUGGCAGCAUCUGUCAAUGAAAAACAGAGUUAAUGUUUGGGGUCCGCUGACUCUUCCUCAGAACUGAUGGUGGUUGGGAAAACGUCAGUUUAUAUGCAGAGAAAAGAGGGAGGUGGAUGGGCUAGGGAGUAAAUGAUAGGAUAGAGCCGAAAGAGAGAGAAGAGCAGUUGGACAGAUAGAGUUGGUAAUGAUCUGGCUGGGAGGGUGAAUAGUUGUUGAUGGGGACUAUUAGUGAAUAAAAACAGGUGGUGUGUCGUUACAAGGCCUGGUGGGUGGGGCAGGGGGCUGGACAUGGAAGAGUUUAGGCCCUAAAAUUAUUGAACUUAAUAUUGAGUUAUGGUGGUCUAUGGUGCAAGCUAACUGCACUCCAGUUGACCUGAUGAUAGAGGGAAGGUCACUGAUGAAUCAGUGAAGAUGGUUGGGCUGAGGACACGACCCUGAGGAACACCUGCAGAGAUGUUAUGAAGUUGAGAUGAUUGACCUCCCACAACCACGACCAUCUUCCUAUGUAUCUGGUACGACUCCGACUAUCAGAGCAUUUUCCCCCGAUUCCCAUUGAUUCCGGUUUUGCUGGGGUUCCUUGAUGCCACACUCAGUCGAUUGUAGCCUGAUAUCAAGGACUGUCACUCUCACCUCACCUCUGGAAUUCAGCCCUUUUUUGUACAUGUUUGAACCAAGGCUGUAAUGAGGUCAGGAACGGAGUGAUCCUGGCGGAACCCAAACUGGGCAUCACUGAGCAGGUUCUGCAUUAAUAGCACUAUUGAUGACAUCUUCCAUCGCUUUACUAAUGACGCAGAGUAGACUGAUGGGGCGGUAAUUGACUGGAUUGGAUUUUAAUUGGUUUUUUCCUGGUUUUUUUUUGUAUACAGGACACGUUUGGGCAAUUUUCUACGUCGGGUAGAUACCAGUGUUGUAACUGUACCGGAACAGAUUGGCUAGGGGGUCGCCAAGUUCCAGAGCACAAGUCUUCAGUUCUAUUGCCGGAGUGUUGUCAGGGCCCAUAGCCUUUGCUAUAUCCAGUGUCUCCAACCAUUUCUUGAUAUCAUGUGGAGUGAAUUGAAUUGGCUGAAGACUGGUAUCUGGGGACCACUGGAGGAGGCCGAGAUAAUUCACCCACUUGGUACUUCUGGCUGAAGAUUGCUGCGAAAACUUCAGCCUCAUCUUUUGCACUGAUGUGCUGGUGACUUCCAUCACUGAGGAUAGGGAUAUUUGUAGAGCCUCCUCCUCCAGUGAGUUGUUUAAUUAUCCAUCACUGCUGCCUCACAGCACCAGGAACCCGGGUUCGAUUCUACCAUGUAGUGUUCAGGGAUGUGUAGAUUAGGUGGGAUGCUAUGAGGGUCAGUGUGGACUUGUUGGGCUGAAGGGCCUGUUAGCACAUUGUAGGGCUUCUAUGAAUCUUUGAACCAUUCACAACUGAAUGUGGCAGAACUGCAGAGCUUAGGUCUGAUCCAUUGGUUGUGGGAUCACUUAGCUCUAUCUAUCACCUCCUGCUUUCGCUGUUUGGUGUGCAAGUAGUCCUGUUUGGUGGCAUCACCUGGUUGAUACCUCACCUUCAGGCAUGCCUUCCUGCACUCUCCAUUGAACCAGGGUUGAUCCCCUGGCUUGAUGGUAAUGGUUGAGAGGGGGAUAUGCCAGUCCCUGUGGUUACAGAUUGUGCUAGAAUAUAAUUCUGCUGCUGUUGAUGGCCCGCAGUGCCUCAUGGAUGCCCAGUCUUGAGUUGCUAAAUCUGUCCUAUUGAGCACGGUGAUAGUGCCACACAACACGAUGAAAGUUAUUCUCAAUAUGAAGACGGGACUUCAUCUCCACAAGGACUGUGCAAUGGUCGCUCUUACCAAAACAGUCAUGUACAGAUGCAAUUGCAGCUGGCAGAUUAGUAAGGUCAAGUACGCUUUUCCCACUUGUUGGUUCCCUCACCAGACUCAGUCCAGCAGCUAUAUCCUUCAGGACCCGACCAGCUCGAUCAAUGGUGCUGUUGCCAAGUCACUCUUGGUGGUGGACAUUAAAGUGCCCCACCCAGAGUACAUUUUGUGCCCCGGCCAUCCUCAGUGCUUCCUCUAAAUGUUGUUCAACAUGGAGGAGUACUGAUUCAUCAGCUGAUGGAGGACUAUAUGUGGUAAUCAGUAGGAGGUUUCUUUGAUAACAAGGUACAGAGCUGGAGGAACACAGCAGGCCAAACAGCCUCAGAGGAGCAGGAAAGCUGAUGUUUUGGGCCUAGACCCUUCUUCAGAAAUGGGGGAGAGGAAGGGGAUUCUGAAAUGGGGAGAAAAGGGGGAUAGAAGAUGGAUAAAGGAGAAGAUAGGUGGAGAGGGGACAGACAGGUCAAGGAGGCGGGGUUGGAGCCAUUAAAGCUGAGUGUAGGUGGAGAGUUAGGGAGGGGAUAGGUCAGUCCAGGGAGGAUGGACAGGUCAAGGGGGCGGGAUAAGGCUAGUAGGUAGGAGAUGGGGUUUCCUGGCCCAUGUUUAACCUGAAGCCGUGAGACUUCAUGGGGUUCAGAGUCAAUGUUGAGGCCUCCCAUAUCAACACCCUCCUGACUGUACACCACUGCGCCACCCCCUCUGUUGGGUCUGUCCUGCCAGUGAGACAGGAGAUAUCCAGAGAUGGUGAUGAUGGUGUCUGGGAGUCUGUGAGACAGCUCUCCCAAUUUUGGCACCAACUCCCAGAUGUUAGUGAGGAGGACUUUGCAGGGUCGACAGGGCUGUUUCUGCCAUUGUCCCUUCCAGUGCCGAGGUUGAUGCCAGGUGAUCCGUCCAGUUUCAUUUCUUUGAGACUGUAGUGAUUGGUACAACUGAGUGGCUUGCUAGGCCUUUUCAGAGGGCAACUGAGAGUCAACCACGUUGCACUGGGUCUGGAGUCACAUGUAGGCCAGAUCAGGUGAGGGUGGCAGAUUUCCUGCCCUGAAGGACUUUAGUGAACCAGAUGGGUUUUUAUGACAAUGGCAAUGAUUUCAUGGUGAUCAGUAGAUUCUUAACUCUAGACCUUUUCCCCCCUAAUUAUUGAAUCCAAUUUCCACCAUCUGCCAUGGUGGGGUUCGAACACAGGUCUCCAGAACAUUAGCUGGGUUUCUGGAUUAAUAGCAUAGUGAUAAUACAUAACCAGGCAGGCGAUAGCCUAGUGAUAUUUCGAUAUACACCCAACAUAGAAUCCCUAAGGUGUGAAAGCAUGCCAUGCAUCCCAACGAGUCCUCAGUGACUCUCCAAACAGUAUCCCACCCAGACCCACUCCAACCUUAUCCCUGUAACCCUGUAUUGGCCAUGGUUAAUCUACCUAGCCUGCAUAUCUUUGGACUAUGGCAGGAAACCCACACAGACUCAGAGAGACUGUGCAAACUCUAAACACAUAGUUGCCCAAAGAUAGAAUCAAACCUGGGUCCCUGGUGCUGUUAGGCAGCAGUGCAAACCAAUGUGCCACCAUGCUGCCCUCUGGAUAUAUACACACACUUCUGCAUAAUGGAAGCAACAUAUGUUAGUACACGGGCCUUUGUCUUUGUAGACAGAAAGAACAUGUCCAUGCACCGUGCCAGUUUCAACUCAACAACACAAGUGACAGCCAUUCGCUGGUUCAUCCCUCAGGACAAUGCCUUGGCCAAUCAGAGUCAAUGUGCCCACCUUAAAUUGAACCAAAGUUUGGUGGUUAACUAAAAACCAAAAGAACUGCUGUUGGAAAUUCUGUUCUGCUCUCAGAGAAAGGAUCACUGGACCCGAAACUUUAAUUUUGAUUUCUCUCCACAGAUGCUGCCAGACUUGCUGAGCUUCUCCGGCAAUUUGUUUCUGUUUUUGGCAGUUAACUGUCAGUCAUCAUUUGACUAAUGCCUUGUCCAUAGCAACAUCUCAGUCAAUCCAAGUCCACUUGUUAAUCAACUCAGUCUCUUCAUAUGGUAGAGUUGGUUGUACUAUAACCCGAUGGUUAUGUUCCUGUGCGACAUCACGCUAUAGAAAUAACAGGGCCUAUGGGAAAAGCUGGGUGAGGGACAGUCGCCAAAAUAAAAACACUCAAAAGCUUAACACAAAGCUUAGCACAAUUUGCAUAAAUGUUUAAUUCAUAUCCAAUGAUGAAAUAAAAAUGUCAAGAUGAUGUGAUGGGAGAGGAGGUUGUACUGUGCCUCUCAUAGAAAGCACUUCACACCAAAGCUUGCAAAAUGAUCACAUGAUGCUGGUGUGGACAAUCUUUUGUGCUAACAUUGCCUGCAAAACAAUCAUGUGACGUGGAUGCGUAGUCCUCCAUGCAGCGAUGGAGCUAUGUUAUAGCUGACACUAGAUCGCAUUUUAGCAAUAACACUCCCCUAUUCAUCAAUCACAUUACAACCAAUUUGUGUUACUGGAACACGCUUUACAAUAGAGUUGACUGUAUAAAAAUAUUUUUUCCUUACAGUGUGAAAUGUAUUGAUGAGUGCAAGAUGCAAAGAUUUGACAAAAUGUAUUUUAUUUUAGCAAUACAUAAAAUGUACUGUGUACAAUUAUGUGUUCUACUGGAGACAUUUGGUAAUUUGCCAUAUAUUUGUUUAAAAUAUGUAAUUAAUU